AUUUGUUUUUAUUAUAUAUAUCUAUGCUUAUAUUAAUUAAUUAUUUACAAUCUAAUACUAUUUUAUUAAUUUAAAUUGUCAAGUAUCGAAUUUGAUAAAGUUCUCUGUGAAAUUAAUUAAUAAAAUGGUGUUGUAAACAUUAGCUUUAGUAUAGCGCUAGAAAAUAAAAAUAAAAAUUUUUAACAUUAAGACGACAAUGGCAACUACGAUAGCACAAAAGAAGGCUGUUAGUUCCAAUAAUGCAACAUCUGGAGGGGUUCGAAAAAAAUCCGGUCCCAAGUUUGAACUGUCUGAAGAACAGCGCCGUGAUAUAAAGGAAGCUUUUGAUUUGUUUGAUACAGAAAAUACUGGUAAAAUAGAUACAAAAGAAUUGAAAGUAGCUAUUCGAGCUCUUGGGUUUGAACCUAAAAAAGAGGAAAUAAAAAAGAUGAUUGCUGAAAUUGAUAAAGGUGAUGGUAAAGUUUCGUUUGAGGACUUUCUUGACUUGAUGACUGUCAAAAUGGCAGAGAAAGACACAAAAGAAGAAAUUAUGAAGGCAUUUAAGCUUUUUGAUGAUGAUGAAACAGGUAAAAUUUCUUUCAAAAAUUUGAAACGAGUAGCAAAGGAGCUAGGUGAAAAUUUGACUGAUGAGGAGCUACAUGAGAUGAUCGAUGAAGCAGAUAGAGAUGGAGACGGUGAAAUAAAUCAAGAUGAAUUUUUACGUAUAAUGAAGAAAACUAGUCUUUAUUAAUUUUAUUUUUACUGUCAUUAAUUCUAUGGGAACACUACAAUACAAGCUUUAUCUUAUUUUUUUUU